AUCGUUCCGGCCGCACGCCCUUCUCAGGGGUCCUGGGACACCUCGGAGCCCGACCUCACUUCCUGUGCCACGCUCUGUCCUCCUGCCCAGAGCCGUGAAGUGUCUCUUCGCCCGGCCCCUUCCCCCGCCCCGAACUGACCCUAGUAAGGCGGUGGGGAGGAGGCCGGGUGGGAUCGCUCGGCUCGGCGCUCCAGCUUGGGGUCCUCCUUCCUCCGGCUCCGCCCCCAAGCUCCUCGUUGCUAUGGCGACGAGCUCGUUGGUGUGGAAGCUGGCGGGGCUGCUGCAGGACUCGGGUGACCUGGUCCUCUCCGGCUGCAGCACACUGACCCUGUUGACCACCACCUUGCAGCGGCUGAACCAUGUGUUUGAACUUCACCUGGGGCCCUGGGGUCCAGGGCAGGCUGGCUUCGUGGCUCUGCCCUCCCACCCUGCAGACUCCCCUACUAUCCUGCAGCUUCAGUUCCUCUUCGAUAUCCUGCAGAAAACACUUUCACUCAAGCUAGUACAUAUCCCUGGCCCUGGCCCUCAAGGCCCCAUCAGGAUCUUCCCCUUCAAGUCCCUGAAGCAGCUGGAGCUACGAGCUGUCCCCCUUCACUGUCUGUGUGGCCUCCGGGGAGUCUACUCUCAGCUUGAGACUCUGAUCUGCAGCAGAAGCCUCCGAGCACUCGAGGAACUGCUGUCAGCUUGUGGAGGUGACCUCUGCUCUGCCCUCCCCUGGCUUGCCCUGGUUUGUGCUGAUUUUAGUUAUAAUUUUUUGACUACCUUGGACCGAUCCUUGCAUCUCUUGUCAGCUCUUCAGAUCUUGAAUCUAAGCCACAAUCAAGUCAGGGACUGUGAAGACUUCUUGACUGCAUUGUCUGAGUUGCGACAUCUGGAUGUCUCUUAUAACCGCCUUCAGUCAGUCCCAGUGAUGGGCCCCUCAGGAGCUGUGCUGAGGACUGUGGUACUGAGGGGCAACGAGCUUCGAAGCUUAUGUGGGCUGGAUCAGCUGAGGGGCCUUCGGCAUUUGGAUGUGGCGUAUAAUCUUCUAGAACAACACAGAGAGCUCGUGCCCUUGAGCAUGCUGCCUGAGCUCCACAGACUUCACCUAGAGGGGAAUCCUCUGUCCUUUCACCCUGACCACCGAGCAGCUACUGUCCAGUAUUUGUCACCGCAGGUCAAGGAAGCUUCUCCCCUGGGGUUUUUUCUGGAUGGGGAGCCCCUGUCCCGUGCAGACCUGCAGCCUCCCACAUCUUCUGGGCUUUGCUCCUUGGCCCUUCCUCUACCCCCUCUCGGCGGAAGUGCCUCCGAGACCUCCUAUGGCCCUGACCUCAGUGACAGCCCCUCCUCAGGAGCUGUCCUGGUGCGCCCUCUCCCUCGGAAGUCCAGGAGCCGAGUCCGUGUGAGACAGGCUAGUAUCUCAGAGCCAAGCGACACGGAUCCUGAACCCCGAACUCCGGAACCCUCCCCCGCUGGCUGGUUUGUGCAACAGCAGCGGGAGCUGGAGCUCAUGAACAGCUUUCGGGAGAGAUUUGGUAGUGAUUGGCUGCAGUACCGGAGCCACCUGGAGACCCCUGGGACACCUCCUCUGGGGACUCCCAAGACCUCUGACUUUGGCGAGCUCCCCCUGGACCCCCCAAAUACUCAGAGCCUUUCCAGCUCGCUGCAGCUGGGGGAGGGAGCCAGCAGCGUAGAGGGAUCCCUCCUGAUUGGGCCAGAAGGGGGCCUGGCAGAGGAAGGGGUGGCUGCGGGGGUGGAGGCAGCUGCCGAGGAAGCCGAAGAGGGAGGCCCUGAGGAGGACGGAGAAGUGGAGCUGUGCCGCCCGGUGCUGGUGCGGCUGCUGGAGGGGGCCGACGGGGCCUGCGGCCCAGAGCGCUUUCUCCGGGUCACGUCCGGCCAUUUGCUGGAAGUGGAGCUGCAGGCCGCGCGCAUCCUCGAGCGCCUGGACCUUCGGAGCCUGCAGGCCGCCGAGCUGGAGUCCGAGGCUGAGCCGCAGGCCUGGAGUGGGGCAGCGUCUGCGGACUGUGAUCACGCCGCCGCCGAGGCCCCGGUCCUCGUCCUGCGCUUCUCCUACAUCUGUUCUGACCGGCAGCUCCGACGGUACCUGGUGUUGGAGGCCGAUGCCCCGGCCGCUGCCGAGGAGCUGCUCGCUGUCCUGGCCCCUAUAGCGGCUGCCACGAGGCUUCAGCCGGGGGCAGCCGGAGGCCCUGUGGGAGGCCGGCUGCGCUGCCUCCGCUGCCAUCAGCUCAGCACAGUGACCGUUUCCAAAGAGGAGCUGGACAGCCAGGGCGGGUGGACACCAAAGACGAAUUCCCCCAUCCUGUGCCCCGUGUGUGGCAGUGACCACGUCAUUCUGUGGCCCCAACACGAUGACGAUGACGCUCCGGGUGGGGAUGGAUCCGAAGCGGGGCCGGGCCCGGCCUCCUCGCACCCCCCCAGCACCCCCGCCGGCUCCUUGGACGAUGUUGACGGCGAUCCCCUCAGCAGCUCCUCCCCCCGGGCCCAGGCGCCCCACGAUGCCAAUAGCUGGGGCCUCUGUCCUGCUUCAGACCGCCGCGGCCUCCGCUCCGUGGAUCACCGGAUCCGACUGUUCCUGGACGUGGAGGUGUUCGAGGAUGUCCAGGAGGAGUUUCAGUGCUACCUCCAGGUGCCGGUGGUGGUCCGUGGCCGGGCCGCGGAGGUGCCCUCCCUGGUCGUUGUGUCCGAUCUCAGGCUCUACGUGCUCGAGGUGACGGGGGAGCUGCGGGGCCAGCCUUCGAGCUGGCUGCAGCCGUGCCUCGCCGUCUCCCUGCAGGACCUGAGCCGCCUGGAGCUUGGCCUGGCCGGGCAGAGCCUUCGGCUGGAGUGGGCAGGGGGCGGGGGCGGCUGUGUCCUGCUGCCCCGCGAGGCCAGAUGCUGCCGGGCGUUCCUGGAGGAGCUUGAGGCCAUCCUGCAGGCCCUUCCUCCUGGCCGAAGGUCCCGAGUUAGUGCCACCAAAGAGGAGAUGAUUCCUGAGCACCGCCUCUGGCCACUGCUGGGAGCCGACUGUGGCCCCGAGGACCCCCACUUCUUCUACUUGCGGCUAUUUCGGAUCGAAGGUGGCUCCGUCUGCCCGGUGUCCCUGUUAAUAACUCCAUCCACCCUGUAUCUGCUGGAUGAAGACCCCGUGUGGCCUCGGGCCGGGCCUUCUCCAGAGACAGCCAAGGAGGCGUCCCCGGCGGCAGCCCCCUCCAGGCUGGAUCCUUCUGUCCGCAUCCAUGAGCAGCAGCCGCUCAGCAGCCUCAACUCCAUCCAGGUGUAUCGAACAGCCCCGACGGCCUUGCGCCUGGCACUGUACGAUGAGGUGUUGCGACUGGAGAGUUUUUGGUCUCUUCGUGUUGUGUGUCCCGAACAACUGACUGCACUGCUGGACUGGAUCCGAGGCCCCUGGGAGGAUCUCUUUUCCAUUGAACUUCGAGUCCUGACCCGGGAAGCCCUCGAUCCUGACCCGUGAGGCCGUGGACAUAAGCCGACCUCUGGGGUCUCACCUGCUGUGCUCUUCGUGGGCCCGUCGCCUGCCCCGGAUGUGCUGGAGGGAAGGACUAGGGUGUGCCGCUGUGGUCCCUGGGCGGCUCUGACCAGAAGGGGCCAACCAGAGAGAGUGUCCAGGGACCCGCCCAUGAUGGCCUUUGACAAUGGGACAUUGAAUAUUUCUCAGGUGCCAAUAAAGUUUUUUUCCAUUC